CUCAGCCAAGAUUCAAAGCUGACGACUGUGGUCGGAUAUGAAAAGGUCAACUAUCAACUACAGUGGGAAAGUGUGAAAUGGAAGGAUGUGGUGGUGGUAGCUGGCCGAAGAGUUGUAGGAAAAGUGCUACCACUACUUUUGAUUACACCUACCCAUUCAUAUCCAUGGGGCUUAGACGUUACUCUACCCAACUGCACUUCAACCUUUCUAAAAUCUCUUCAUAACCGUUUGUUUGUACGGGCGGAGGAGGAGGAGGACAAACAAGAAAAAUGGCGGGUAAGAGUCGGCCUCAGUUUGUUCUGUUUGGGUCAUCCAUAGUUCAGAUGAGCUACAACGUUGGAGGGUGGGGUGCAAUUCUGGCCGACCUUUACGCUCGGAAGGCCGAUGUAGUACUGCGAGGAUACGCUGGUUGGAACACAAGGAUGGCUCUUGGAAUCUUGGAGCAGGUUUUUCCUCAGGAUGCAGCCAUUCAUCCUUCCCUGGUUAUAUUGUAUUUUGGGGGUAAUGAUGCCACAAACCCUCACCCAAGUGGCCUUGGUGCCCAUGUUCCUCUUCCUGAAUUUGUGGAAAACAUGAGAAAGAUAAUUCUUCAUAUCAAGAGUCUUUCAGACAAGACAAGAAUAAUAUGCCUCACUUCUCCUCCAGUGAACGAAGAACAAGUUGCAGAAUGUUAUGGGAGUGGCUUUGCUGAUCAAGCCCGAACAAAUGAAGGCUGCCGCAUAUACGCUGAAGCUUUAGUCCAGUUAUGCAAAGAAUUGGGUGUCGAAGCCAUCAAUCUCUGGACUGCAAUUCAGCAAAGAAACAAUUGGGCAAAUGAUUGCUUCAUGGAUGGAAUUCAUUUAUCAGCUGAAGGGAGCAAAGUAGUUAUUCAGGAGAUACUGAAGGUGUUGAAAAGAGUUGAUUGGGAGCCAAGCCUGUACUGGCUGUCGAUGCCGGCUGAAUUUCCCGAGGACUCGCCAUGCUACACUGUUGGCCCUGAUGGCAAAACCACUCUAAAUGUGACUGGUCAUAUUUCUAUCUGGCAAAGGCAGUGGCUCGAUAUCUAGAUCCCAAAACAGACAGCUACUUACAUACAAACAUACAUGGCAGGACACUGAUUGUUGUUGUAUUGCGCAAUUUUUUUUCCCCCAAAUGUAUCCACUUUUGCAUAUUUACAUUGUUUAAAAAGAAGUAUACAACCAAACAGCUCCAAGGGAUUUUGGGGUGUAAACAGGGAGUUUUUCUUUUGUGUGUGUGUUUCCGUCUACAUGUUCUGUCAAGAUCAGAUUUUUCCUGGUUUAA